CUCCUAGAAACAGCCAUGGGACAGACUGUCACCACCCCCCUGAGCCUCACGCUUAACCACUGGUCAGACGUGAAGGCGCAAGCCAACAACCUGGGAGUUGUAGUCAAGAAAAAUAAAUGGACCACCCUUUGCGAGGCUGAAUGGGUCACAAUGGAAGUAGGAUGGCCUCGCGAGGGAACCUUUAACCUCAGUCUUAUUUCACAGGUGGAGGGAAAAGUUUUCGCUCCGAGUCCCCAUGGCCACCCGGACCAGGUCCCAUACAUCGCCAUGUGGAGACUCCUGGCGACAGAACCCCCUCCAUGGGUUAGGCCGUUUCUCUCCCCUCCAGCCCCCCGGCAGCAGCAGCGCUCGCCGAAUCCCAGGGCCGAGGAAGCCGGGGCGGGGGACCGCCCCUCGGCCGGCGAUCGGCCACUGCCGGGCGCACUUCCACCGUGGCGGUGCGCUGCGACUGGCUCUGGGACGGCUGGGGAGGCCCGGUUUGGGGAAGGUGGCUCGGGAGGGGCGGCGUCACCCGUGGACGCCGAGCCACCCCGCCCCGAGUGUUACAGCCCCCGACAUCGCCACCGCUCCCUCUCGCCCCUCCUACCUCCUCCACAGCACCACCGCUCCCUCUCGCCCCUCCUACCUCCUCCCUUUACCCUGUUCUCCCACGAAAGGAUCCCCCUAAGGCUCCUGUCCUUCCCCCAGACCCCAAUUCACCUCUUAUUGACCUCCUGACAGAGGACCCACCGC